GGGGAAAGAGAGCGAGAGAGAGAGGGAAAGAGGGAAAGAGAGCGAGAUCCCACACUCUAAAGGAAAGAACGGGGGAGGUGCAGGAGCAUGUGAGUGCAUUGACACAUACAGGAACAGAGAGAGAGAAACGGAAACAGAGAGAGGAAGAGAAACAGCCAGGGACAAUGCCAGAGAGAACCUCUCGCUGCUCCGUAGACCCUGUUGAUAAAGGUGCGUUGUUACCAAAAACGUGAGCCCAUCUGCCUCCCCAAGACCACCUGCACUGGGAGACCACCUGCCACAAACCACCCUGGGGACAACUGAUGCCAAAGGACCAGAGAAGAGACAGAGAGAAUAGUGCCUUUUGGUUGUAGCAGCAUUCCAGUAAAGAAACUCGUCAACCAACAGACACAUCUGGGUUCUCUUUAAGGAAAGACAGGAUGAGAAGAGACUGACAUCCUCUCCUUUUAUCACUCCCAGCUGCGAUGGAUCCCCCUGUGCAUUACGCCGAGCACACAGACUUGAACCUGGGAGAGGUGCAUGUGCGGAGAGAGAACAAGAGAGAAAUGAAGAGAUGACUGCUGCAUAUGACAGGCAUUCCUAUCUUUUGUGUGUUGGGGCCAACAUUGCAAUCUGCUGCAGGUGCCUCCUGCCUCCUCCCUCUGCUCUUCCUUGUUCUGCUCUGAGGGAAUGGCUCUGCUGGUCUGAGUAGAGAUAAGAGGUGCUGGCCUUUUCCUUUCUACGGUUUGUAGGCUGCUGCUCUGCUGUUUCUAGAGUGCUGUGUGUUGUUCACAAUACUUAUUCUGCCUUUUCUCCAUCUCGGGCAGUCCAAGUGGAACGUCUAUUACAGAGAGAAAGAGAGAGCACACAGUCUAGCCUUGAAGCUGUGUAGAUGCUUGGAAGCUCACUGCCCACUGUGCUGGACUGGAGUUGGACUCACUCAUCAAUACUGCGCUCAAAAAAAAACAACCUUGAAAGCAGAAAGCACCUUGUUCUUCAGACUGUUUGUUCUGAGGGGGUUAGAAGCCUUGUAUGUAUGUGUGUGAAACAAACAAUCCACCCCGAGGAGUGUACGUGUGAGAGUAUUGUGUGCGUUUACAGUCUUUUUCUAAUUAAGCUGGCAGACUGCAGUGAGACGGACGAUCAGCCUGGGCGCCUCUUUCUCUCCCUCUUCCCACUUAGGCCCCAUUGUGAUCAUUAAUGUCUGUUGCAAACUGCCCAUGAAUUAUGGAGUAGUGAAGUCUCCAUAGAAGUAGUGACUGUGGGGAACAGAUAGACGGACAGAAGGAUGGUCAGAGAAAGAGUGAAAUAGAGAAGAGGGGGGGUAUAGAAAACAGAUAGUUGUAAGCUCCAACUGAACAUGUUCUCUCUACUGAGCACAGACUCAGUGGAGGUGUGUGAGAGAGAGAGAGAGAGAGAGAGAGAGAGAGGGAGUUGUGUGCCCUUCGUUGAGCAGAUGAAUGAGAGAGGAGCUUAGAGACAACACGUGAUUCACAGAAAGAGAACUAGAGGGAGGACGAGAGAAGCAAGCUCGCAUACCACUAUCAACCUAGUUACAUCGGCGCUGCACCGGCUGCACCGACAGGCAACGAUGUAGCGUGGCCUCAUUGAGAAGAACGGAGAACAACCACUGCUGCUGAGCCUUUCAUUUUCAGGGGGAAUCUUUUGAAAGUCACCAUACAGUGUUUAUCAGGGAGAGACACCAUCUAAGCAAUUCUAGAAAUCAAAAGGGGGACUGUUUAGCGUGUUGCACCGACCAGCAGAAGCCUCAAGACUGCCGAGGCAUGAGGCAAGCAGACCGUCUGAAAGAGAGGAGAGGUAUUUCUUCCCUCUAUGGACGGUGACACAUCUAGUUCCCAGAGUAAGGUCCGAAUGAAUCCUGCUGGACCAGAGGAGCGAGGGAAAGAACUAUGAGCUAAGUCACCCUCAGUGAUCGACCCCUGAAAGGUGCCUGCUCACCACCCCCAUCCUGGCGCAGAGGACCAUCUCUCGAUCUGUACCCCAACCCCAGAAGAAAGGGUGUUUCUGUACCCCUAAAGGAGGGGUGAAACUGUCUGGAUAGAGACUCUACUGUUUGACUGUACAGCAGCAGGAACAUGGAUGACUCCAGCAUUCUGAGACGCAGGGGUCUACAGAAGGAGCUCAGUCUUCCGAGGAGGGGGAGUUUCUGUCGGACCAGCAAUAGGAAGAGCCUGAUUGUGACAUCCAGCACCUCUCCUACACUACCCAGACCACACUCGCCACUACAUGGACACCCAGCAGAAAAGUCUACAUGUGGUCCACCAGAAAUACAGCAUCACAUCAGUGUUUUCCGGAGCAGCCCUCUGGACAGCCCCAGAAACUUCUCCCCCAACACGGCAGCACACUUCUCCUUCGUUCCAGCUCGCAGGACGGAUGGCAGGCGCUGGUCUCUGGCAUCACUGCCCUCCUCUGGAUAUGGCACCAACACACCCAGCUCCACUGUCUCGUCAUCCUGUUCAUCCCAGGAGAAGCUGCACCAGCUGCCCUUCCAGCCCACGGCGGACGAGCUGCACUUCCUCACCAAGCACUUCAGCUCCGAGAGCAUCACCGACGAGGAGGGACGACACUCGCCCAUGCGCCCCCGCUCACGCAGCCUCAGCCCUGGUCGCUCACCCAUUUCCUUUGACCAUGAGAUCGUCAUGAUGAACCAUGUCUACAAGGAGCGCUUUCCCAAGGCCACGGCUCAGAUGGAGGACCGUCUGGCUGACUUCCUAUCGUCCUCGGCUCCUGACAAGGUGAUGCCCCUGGCCGACGGGGUCCUCAGCUUCAUCCACCACCAGGUCAUAGAGCUGUCCAGAGACUGCCUGGAUAAAAGCCGCGAGGGUUGCAUCACCUCACACUACUUUUACGAGCUGCAGGAGAACUUGGAGAAACUGCUACAAGACGCUCACGAGCGCUCUGAGAGUGUGGAAGUCACAUUUGUGACCCAGCUGGUGAGGAAGCUGAUGAUCGUCAUCGCUCGGCCAGCACGCCUGCUGGAAUGUCUGGAGUUUGACCCGGAGGAGUUCUACCACCUGUUGGAGGCAGCAGAGGGCCAUGCCAAGGAGGGCCAGGGCAUCAAGUCAGACAUCCCCCGCUACAUCAUCAGCCAGCUGGGUCUCACCAGAGAUCCCCUGGAGGAGAUGGCCCAGCUGAGCAGCUACGACAGUGGGAACCCAGACACGCCAGAGACAGACGACUCUGUGGAUAGUCGAGGGGCCACGGUACCUGUUGUAGCUCCCCCUAAAACCAAGGCCCCACGGGAGGAGGACUUUGAGAACAUCAAGCUCAUUAGCAACGGGGCUUACGGUGCUGUGUUUCUGGUGCGUCACAAGGAGACGCGUCAGCGUUUUGCCAUGAAGAAGAUCAACAAGCAGAACCUAAUCCUAAGGAACCAGAUCCAGCAGGCCUUUGUAGAGAGAGACAUCCUGACCUUUGCUGAGAACCCCUUUGUGGUCUCCAUGUUCUGCUCCUUCGAGACACGCAGACACCUCUGUAUGGUCAUGGAGUAUGUGGAGGGUGGUGACUGUGCCACCCUGCUGAAGAACAUUGGGGCUCUGCCUGUGGACAUGGCACGCAUGUACUUCGCUGAGACCGUGCUGGCACUGGAGUACCUCCACAACUAUGGCAUCGUACACAGAGACCUCAAACCGGACAAUCUUCUGAUCACUUCGAUGGGCCACAUCAAGCUGACAGACUUUGGCCUGUCUAAGAUCGGUCUGAUGAGCCUAACCACUAACCUGUAUGAAGGACACAUAGAGAAGGAUACCAGGGAGUUCCUGGAUAAACAGGUGUGUGGUACACCAGAGUACAUAGCCCCAGAGGUGAUCCUGAGACAGGGCUAUGGGAAGCCAGUAGACUGGUGGGCCAUGGGGGUCAUCCUCUAUGAGUUCCUGGUGGGCUGUGCCCCUUUCUUUGGAGACACGCCAGAGGAGCUCUUUGGACAGGUCAUCAGUGAUGAGAUCAUAUGGCCAGAGGAGGAGGAGGCUCUUCCUAACGAUGCCCAGGACCUCAUCUGUAAACUCCUCAGACAGAACCCUCUGGAGAGGCUGGGUACAGGCAGUGCAUUCGAGGUGAAGCAACACCGGUUCUUCUAUGACCUGGACUGGAACAGUCUGCUGAGACAGAAGGCAGAGUUCAUCCCUCAGCUGGAGUCAGAGGAAGACACCAGCUACUUUGACACCCGUUCAGACAGGUACCACCACAUGGACUCUGAAGAUGAGGACGACACUAACGAUGACGAUCACGUAGAGAUGCGCCAGUUCUCCUCCUGCUCGCCCCGCUUCAGCAAGGUGUACAGCAGUAUGGAGCGUCUCUCCCUCCAUGAGGAGAAGCGGGCCCCCCCACCCACCAAGCGCAGCCUCAGUGAGGAGGGAGGAGAGCGCAUCGACAGCCUCAGUGGGCUCAAGUCCAGAGACCGCUCCUGGCUGGUGGGGUCACCUGAGAUCCUGCGUAAGCGUCUGUCCGUCUCGGAGUCGUCCCACACUGAGAGUGACUCCAGCCCUCCUCUGGCGGUGCGUAGACGCUGCUGCUCCGCCAUCAUCGAGAUGCCACGCUUCGCCAUCUCCGCGGAGGAGGAAGGAGGGUUUGCCCCCAGUCGUAAGAGCCCCAGCCUGCUCAGCCAGACCCCCGGGGGAGUCAGGGGACCCCGCAGUGAGGAGCUGCCCCUCUCCAUCCCAGAGCUCCCAAUAGAGAGAGAGCUGAAACUGGUCGAGUCCCCCACCACACCUGGGUCCAUCACCAGCCAGCUCAGCAGAACCACACUCACACUGGGUAGUUCAGGAGAUGUGUGGGAGCGUGGUACAGUGUCGGGAGCAGACAGCUCUACCUCUACCCCUAAGGCCAUCAGUGACCUGGCAGUUCGGAGGGCCCGCCACAGACUGUUGUCUGGAGACACGGACAAACACACCCAGUCCAGACCCCUCAACAAGGUCAUCAAGUCUGCCUCUGCAACUACGCUCUCACUCAUGAUCCCUCCAGACCACCAUGGAGCCUCCCCAUUGGCCAGCCCCAUGUCACCCCACUCCCUCUCCUCCAAUCCCUCAUCCAGAGACUCCUCCCCCAGUAGAGACCUUUCGCCGGCCGUAGUCAACAUCAAACCCCCCAUCAUCAUCCACCGGGCGGGCAAGAAGUACGGCUUCACCCUGCGGGCCAUCAGGGUGUACAUGGGAGACACGGAUAUCUACACCGUACAUCACAUAGUCUGGCAUGUGGAGGAGGGUGGUCCUGCCCAUGAUGCAGGGCUGAGAGAAGGAGACCUCAUCACUCAUGUGAACGGGGAGGCUGUCCACGGCCUGGUCCAUACUGAGGUGGUGGAGCUCAUCCUCAAGAGUGGUGGUAAGGUGUCCGUCUCAGCCACGCCCUUUGAGAACACCUCCAUCAAGGUAGGCCCCGCCCGCAAGACCAGCUCCAAAUCCAAGAUGGCGCGUCGCAACAAAAAGACCAAGACCAAAGAUGGAGGCCAGGAAAGCAGCGGCAAGAAGAGGAACUCUCUGUUCAGGAAGAUCACCAAGCAGGCGUCUUUGCUCCACACCAGCCGUAGUCUAUCCUCUCUCAACCGCUCCCUGUCUUCUGGAGAGAGUGGACCAGGGUCCCCCACACACCUGUCCCCCAGGUCACCUACACCUGGCUACCGCUCCACGCCUGACUCUGCACACUCUGUAGGGGGAAACUCGUCUCAGAGCAGCUCUCCCAGCUCCAGUGUUCCAAACUCCCCAGCCAGCUCCGGUCACAUCCGGCCCAGCUCCCUCCAUGGCCUCGCCCCCAAGCUCCAGCGCCAGUACCGUUCCCCUCGACGCAAGUCAGCCGGCAACAUCCCCCUAUCCCCCCUGGCCCGCACCCCCUCCCCCACCCUGCAGAGCACCUCCCCCCAACGUUCUCCCUCCCCCCUGCCCAGCCAUGCUGUGGGCUCCUCCUCUAUGGGCCAGUCUUUCCCCGUGAAACUCCACUCCUCCCCUCCUCUGGUCAGGCAUAUCUCCAGGCCCAAGAGCACUGAACCCCCCCGCUCCCCACUCCUCAAACGAGUACAAUCCACCGAGAAGCUAGCCUCCUCCCUCUCCUCCUCCUCCUCCUCCUCCUCCUCUCCCUCUGCGUCGGGGGCCGGAAGUGACAAGAAGCUGCCUGUAGCGGUGACAGGACGUAAACACAGCCUGGACAUCUCCCACCAGGAGUUUAAGAAGGAGAUGCUUCAGAGAGACCCCAGUCUGCAGAGCCUGCAGGAGUCCGCUGGGGAGAGAGAGGGGGUGCUGGGGGUGGGGACAGGGGUGGGGGGUCGCGGGGGCCCCGUGGAGAAGGGCAGCCUGCAGAAACACCCCUCCUCCAGCAGGAAGCUGGGGCGUCAGGAGGGGGACGUCGGACCGGCAGCCGGGUCCCUGGGGCUGGCCCCCGGGAAGAGCAAGCUAAAGGACAAGCUGUCAGCCAUUAGACAGGACCGGGCUGAGAGGAGGGAGUCACUGCAGAAGCAGGAUGCUAUCCACGAGGUGGACUCUUCAGAGGACGAGACAGACGAGGGGUCGGAGGACAGCCAGGACGGGAGGGGCAGGAACACCUGUACUUUCACCCCGCCGCUGCUCCGCCCCACCUCCGUCAUGGCCACCGCCCCCCGCACUGGACCCGGGGGCACCCUCCCCUCCCUGUGUCUGUCCCCCUCCUCCACCCUGCUGCCCAGCAGAGCCACCAUACCCUCCACAAUCCCCGAACACAAGCCCACUCAGAGUGCUCCUUCGCUGGGAGGGAAAGACAGCGGCUCAGCCUCCUCAGAUGACUGUGGGAGGAGAGAGGGGAAGGCUCCAGACGCCAGCUCCAAGUUCACCCAGAGCCCCCUGUCCAGCACCUUCGCCACACCCGGCAGUGCUUUCAUCUCCAUCAGUAAGGACACCUUCCUGAAGCCUGCUGCUCCAUCUUCACAUCAGGAAUGGAGGAGCCCCAAGCUACCUGAGCCCAGAGGGAAGAGCAGUAGUCCUGGGUUAUGGAGUGAGGAGAGAGACUCUGGCCUGGAGGCCCCCAGAUCCAGCCCCACUGGAUCCAUAGAUGGCAGAUACAUAGCCCACACACCCAUCUCUUCCCCAGGCAUCACCAAGGAGAAAAAGGAGGCCGACAACCGGAGGCAGGCUGCUGCUGCCGCCGCCGCUGCAGCCUACGCCACCCCAGCCUACGCCAUCCCCAGCCCCCCAGCCCAAGUGUCAGGGUCAGAGAGUGGGGUGGAUAAGGUUGUGUCCCAGCUAGCCACUGUGGCUAAGAGCUUCCUGGUCCCCGUCAAACUCACUAUCCCUGGGGCCAAGGAGGCUUUUGAGAGGGCCAAAGACCAGAACCAGAAACCCUCCGACCCCCCUCACCCCAAGGCCACACCCGACUCACCCCUUACCACUACCACCACCACACCCCUCUCCCCCUCCCCCUUUAGACACCCUGCCCCUCAGCCACCGCCCCGCCUGUCCUCCCAGUCUCCCUCCCGGCAGCCCUCUUACAAAACUGAGCCAGCCCCCCCUCCCCCUCCACAGAGGGCCUCCCCUCCUAAAGACUGUGCCCCGGGGCCCCAGGCCCACCCAGAGAGGCCAUUGGUGGGGUUACGAGGCAGUAGGGAGACUCCAGCCAUUACAGCUGUUACUGCACCAAGGCAGGGGCCCACCAACACACACACCCAGACCCCUACUGCAGCCUCGGAGCAGCGCAAGAGGCCAGACCCAGCUGCCCCACAGAGACCCAACCCUGCCUCCGCAGCCUCCACCCCACAGGACAAAACCAGCAGCAAGAAGACGUAGCAGAAAACAAGACUCACAAAACACCCAUGACAAUACAGACUGCUGUCACGAGAUUUUAAUCUUAAAUCCACAAACAACUGCAUGUUUGGAAGAGAAUAAUAAUUUAUUCAAAACUUUUUGCAACACACAAAUCAUUAUGAGGGAGAGCAAGAGCGAGAAAGAGAGAGCGAGAGAGAGAGUGAGAUUGGGGAUAGAUCUUUGCCCUGACUGUGUAUGUCCCAGAGGCAUCCAGGCUCGCCGUGCCUCUCUUGUUCUUCUUAUUCUGUGUUUUAUCAUUCAGACAUGGAUUAAUGUUCCUGUGAAAUCAGUCUGUGUUUGUUUCUCCCUGCAAAGAAACACAGGGGGGGGGGGGGGGGGCUAGAAAUAAACCGUGUUAGUUCACUGAUCCACAGGGAAGGAUUAACAAACGCCCGCACUAAUGUUUUUUUCUAGUAAACUGCCUCGUUACCUUUCCCCUUGUAGUUCCAGUAGUCCGACGUGUGUUCUUAGCUGGCCAAUAGAUCAGGUCGUGCCUUAUAAACAAAAUGGCACCCCACCCCACCCCACCACUCCACCCUGCCUGCCUGCCUGCGUGUGUCUCCAGUCGUCCGUGACUGAAAAGGGUGUAUCUCAGCAAUAAAAGUAGCGUGUGCUUCGCUAUCAGUGUAAAAUACAGAACAGUCUGUUAAUGAAACCAUCUGCAUUGCUCACGUUUACACACUCAGCAGUUUACAAAAAGGCAAAUUACAUUGUGUAUUAUUAUUAUUACUCCCUCGUGGCCUAACGCUGCACUCUGUCUCUCUAACAGUAUAAUACUGCAGGCUGGCUAGAGAACCCUCUCGUCCCUGUGUAACACACUAUUAAUGAAGCGGCUGUCAAUGUCUCCUAAAGCGGUGUUUUUGUGUUGUAUAUCAUAGCGCUCCACGGUAAACUCCUUCCCCAUCCGCUCCACUGGCCCUUCCAUGACUAUAGCUGGACCCGCCAAGUGUACCCGAAUAGAGCGCUAUGUGGGUGUGAGCAUGUGUCGUGGUGGCUAGGAUACCUAGCCUAGCCAUUCACCUUGUAGCUGCAUGAUAGCCUCACCAAAUCCACACCCCCUGACUCAAGGGACAUGUUUUUUAAAUGAUAAAGGAAAAGUAGGAUGUUCAUAUCACAGCCUUUACAUAGGAUGGACUACAGGUGAGGUGGGGAGGUUCCCGGUGAUCCGGUCACAGACUGCCCUGGGGACAACUGGUCGAUCUGGUCCCUGGUCUGAUUUGAUCGCAUCUUGUUUGGUCAACCACACAGACCGACGCGGUGAUGAGAUCAGAGUCAAGUGGUUAAAGAUGAGGUACCGUCGGAUCUAGUAAAAGAGAUUUGGGUUUGUGUACCAGGCAGAAGCUCGAUUACCCAGACUCCUCGGUAACCGAGGCAAGGAAGUCAGCUCACAGGUCUGUUUACGGGCCAGUCAAAAGUACUACAGCAGGCACACCAGCUACCUAUAAACUGUAUUAUGACAACCAGUGGUUUUCCACAUCCAUGGACCAUUAUCUUUAUUUCUAGCCCCUGCGCACUCUGUUUUUAUCAGCCACUAAAGGUGUUGAUUUGACUUUGUAUCUGGACCAACUCGCUGUGUUCUCUGUGUUACGCCUCUUGUCCUGUAAAGCUAGCAGACUUUACUUUCUAUAUGCGUGCAAGAGUAUGUAUUGUCGUCUGGCUGUCAGAUGUAUAUAUACGAAUAUUUAAAGGUCUGUUUUUGUGUGUGUUUUAGUUAGGGUAGACUUUGUUAGUUACCUGUUAGUACUGCCUGUCCCUGAUAGGCCUGAUGCUCGACUGAUGUCUCAGUUGGCCUAUAGGGUCGGGACGGGCCAGUAGGGGGGUGGGCUUUGCACAACCCUUUUUAUCUCUGUCAAAUGGAAACUAAAUAAAAAAGGGCCAAUCAGAUCCCUGGCUUUUAGGUCAGCCACGACAAUGUCGACCAAUCAGUGAGCUGAACACCCCUAUGAUCUUGUGUGCCACUGCUCUGUGUGUGAGUGUUUGUGAGUGUGUCUGUUAGUGUGCAAAGAGGGGAUGCUUUCACGGUGCAAAACUAUGGCCAUGUGACUACCUACAUCGUACAUCGAAAUUAUUUUUGGUGUGCGAGUUCAAAUCUCCCUCCUAUGCGUGUCGGUCCACAGUGUGUCCUGCAAAGUUUACGUUGCUGUUGGAGAUGUUGCAGAGAGCGGCUCUGGGAUGACUGAGGGUGAGACAGGACGAUAUCUGUCCGGUGUCCUAAGAGAUACUGUAGAGGUCUGUGCUGUCAAAUACCUAACCCCAGACAGACAGACAACCCCGUUGACUGACUGACUGUGGCUUCCAAUCUGUGUAAUAUGUUUACAUGUUGUUCUUCUAUCUUUCUCAUCCGGAGUCCUCCGUGCCACUUGCAAUCCACCCCUGUAACAGAGAGUGAUCAUUAUCAAAGCCGACAGCCUUUCCACAUGCUAAAGUUUCCCCGGAUUAUACCAGGGUGACGAGCUUGUCCUGGUCUUUACAUGCACAUUGUAAUGUAAACCUAACCACUGAUGUACCACAGACAAUGUUAAUGUGGAGGAACAGCACGUCAUGUUUAAAGGUUGGGCCCUGGUCAAAAGUAGUGCACUAUAUGGGGAAUGGGGUGCCAUUUUGGCAACGUCCUAAAUCACCUGCAGUGCGAAUAGUUGUCUCCUCUCGUGCAGAAGGAUCGAGGUGAGAUAGGUAGAUUAGUUGGUGAGGUAUAGGCCUCACAGAGAGCUACCUGCUGUCAUUUGUCACAGGGACAUAUCGGCCAAGCUUAGCGCUAUGAUUUAACCACUUGCAUAUUACCCAGGCAUCCUCCCAUCUGGUAGGCUCUGCAGGUGGUCCUGUCGUUAUUGCUACAUGGACAGCUGCUAUUCUCUCUGAUCAAUAUGAGUGCCAUCCUCCACCGCCCGGCGCCAGCCUCACCAUCCCCUGACAGCAAACACUUAAUGUUGUAUCACACACACACACACACACACACACACACACACACACACACACACACACACACACACACACACACACACACACACACACACACACACACACACAGUCCCAUGUGUGAUGAUGAUCGUCCGGCCAUCUGUCUGAUAGUCAAGUCAAGUGUCAGUUUCCCUGGUGGAGUCAUUAAUCUCUAGCCCAGGGCUGUGUGCUGCCCCAUGCUCCUAGCACACACACACACACAUACACACACAGCAAAUUCAGCCAAACAAAACACUGCCUACGCCUAGCCUGGGACCGUCGCCUCCAAUUUUCAACUAGGCCUCCCCCAGAGCCCGAAGCCACGGUAACCACCCGCCAUAGGGGCACUCCCUCUCUCUGUUAACCCUGUGUGUAACCUCCACCCUGGACCUCCCAGUGUUUUAACCUAACUAGAUCUCUAAAAGACGGAGAUCCAUCCAGGAUGUGUUUUUUACUGUAUCCGCAGUGUGGCAAAGCCCAUAGCAGUGUCAGGGCUGUCCACCGUCAGUGGGUAGAGACCAAUGCCACUCAACUGAACUGAAGGUAGAAAAUACAAUUGACUCUAUACUACGGACUGGACUUCUGGGGGGUUUUCUCGGCCAGUAUUUUAAUGGGCGUGUGUGAUCCUUUGUGUGUACAGUGUGUUUGAAGCUGAAAAGUGUGAAGGAGAGGAGUGAGGGUUCAAAAGGGUAAAAAAAAAAAGAUUGCUAGAGUAAAGCCAGUGCAAUAUCUUUUUAUGUUCUGUUGUGGUAAACGCAUGUUGUUGUUGUUAAUCCUACCUUAUCUUAAUAAUAAAGUUUUUUUUAAUGUAA